CAGACAAUUUUUCUUAACCUUGAGCUUGAAUCACGGUCUGACCACUGUUAUUAAACUUUGUUUCUCAAUCGACACCGACCAAAAAAUUCACCAAUUGUAUAUCCUGCCGACCAAGCGACCGAUCUAAAACCGAGGUGGUUCUUCUUUAUCGAUCCUGGGACCUAUUCUGAUUCAGAGGGAGGUUGUUUCUGCACGUUUUGGUCGAGGCCGGGAUUUAUACUAGGUGUCGCAUAGCUGGGAAAGGAACGCACGUACGGCUGUCACGACUAAACCGCUAUCCGGCCAUUUCCGCCAUGCAUCGUAAUAUGGCUCUCAUAUUAUUUACUUUAUUCUCCUGGCAAGCCUUUGCUGCUUCGGAUAUCACAUAUUGCUCUACCGUGAAUACGGGAGCUUCGAACUCUGCUAAUAUCAGUGUGUAUCAAUCAAACGGACUUUGUACGGACACAUGUAAUUCCGAUUAUGCUUUUGGAAUUCUUCAAGGGAAGAGCUGCUGGUGUUCGAACAUUGCUCCCAACAAAGCGACCAACGUUGAUACGUCGAAGUGUGAUACGGGGUGUCCCGGGUAUCCCGAUGAUAGUUGUGGAAGUGCGUCCAAGGGCGUUUUUGCUUAUAUCCAAAUGAACGAGCAUUCGCCCUCCGGAACAGCCACAGUUUCUUCGAGUACGUCGACAUCUACAGAGUCAUCGACGACAUCGACGGACUCUUCCAAAACCACCGAAGCACCUACCACGACGGCAAGUCAAUCGGUUGAAACCGUUGCCGGGGAGGUGAAAACGAUCACAGUUCCCAAUGCGAAGCCUACGUCAGACCCAAGUGCCAGUUUAUCUGAGAAGGAUAGUAGCGGCUCGGGUUUAAGUGGAGGUGCAAUUGCUGGCGUGGUCGUGGGCUCAAUCGGCGGCUUGGCUGCUAUUAUAGCCAUCUGCUUCUUGAUCUUCUUCAAGAAACGCCACGAGCGUUCGACAAGCCCAAGUCCGAGCGUCUCAAAUGUCUUGCUAGAUGGUAGGAACAGCAAAGGUUCUCAGAUGAGCGUCGCGAACCGAGCGUUCUCGGACAACCACAGCCAUACAUUAUCUGCCGGAUCCUCAAGAUUACCAACGUUUACCGAUACUCGCUUGAAGACGGAUACUGUACUGUACGCAGGCGGCCGUCGUGAUAGUGACGUGUCACUCCAGGACAAUGAAGACUAUUCUCGGCCAGUUCUUCGGCUUACGAACCCCGACUGAUAAGAUCCAGAAAGAUAUUCUGGCUUCUUUCUUCCGUCUUGAUUUUUUCGUUUGUCAUCUCGAUUUGCGCGUUCGGCGAAUAUAGCGGUCUUAUGAUACCCAUUUGUCACAUAUCCUCACCUACCGAAAUCCGGGACUUGACAGGCUCGGGAAUCCCCGGCGUCGUUCUAUGAUUGCAGGGGCUUACAGGUAUCCCCGCAACUGCAUGGUUUUG